AUGGAAAGCAGGCGAGGAGGGCAUUGCUUGUUAGCUGCAUUCUGCCAUUCUCUGCUAUUUCUGACGAGUAGUGGCUGGCUCAUUCGUCGUUACCUGUCAUCGUCGACACUAUCGUCACCAUCAAGACAUCGUCAACUCGAAUCUGAUCGGCUUCAGACCGGUUCUUAUUCCCUUCCCUUCCCUUCCAUCACAGUAGCGUACAUAUGUUUGUUUGUCCGUACCGAUUCUCAGGUAACUUUCCACAAAAAUUUCUAA